CCCUCAACUACUACUCUAUACUGUAAUGGACCACAACCAGAUCGUGGUCGUUGAAAUGUUGAAACGUUUCGUCCGAAAAAUUGAUCGGAGAUAUUGAAACGUUUGAGGCCAGAGAGCUGCACAGUUUCUACAGCUCAGUCAACGCUCAGUCUCUCUCCGUCUUCAGCUUUCCGCCAUAGCCAAAAGCUGCAAGAAAGAGAGGGAUUUGGAGGAGAAGACCAAGUCAGAUUCUGUGGCGGUCUACGGCUGAAUGUUAUAGCACAUCAGAGAGGAAAAGCCGAAAAGAAAAAGCGAUUCCAGGUACUUUUGGUAAAAGCGCUUUUGGUUCGGCUUGCGUUUGAAUCUUUGGCGGUGUGCUUGAAUGAGUAAAGGUUAGGGCGGUUACUGUGUGUAUAAAGGCUAGGGUUUCUGGUUUGCGGUGAAGCUGAGAAGUUGAGAUGGAGAGCUAUUUGAACGAGAACUUUGAUGUGAAGGCGAAGAACUCGUCGGAGGAGGCGCUUCAGAGAUGGAGGAAGCUCUGUGGAUUUGUCAAGAAUCGGAAACGGAGGUUCAGAUUCACUGCUAAUCUCCCCAAGCGUUUUGAAGCUGAGGCCAUUCGACGAUCCAAUCAGGAGAAGUUUAGAGUUGCAGUUUUGGUUUCACAAGCUGCGCUUCAGUUUAUCCAAGGUUUAAGUUUGCCCAGUGAUUAUACCGUGCCUGAGGAAGUCAAAGCUGCGGGUUUUCAAAUUUGUGCUGAUGAGGUGGGAUCAAUUGUUGAUGGCCGUGAUUUGAAAAAGCUGAAAAGUCAUGGUGGUGUGGAGACUAUCACAGACAAGCUUGGAACAUCCAGUAUCAAUGGAAUUUUUACUUCUGAGAAAUUGCUUAAUAAGAGAAAAGAAAUAUAUGGGGUUAAUAAAUUCAUUGAAAAACCGCCCCGUGGAUUUCUUGUUUAUGUGUGGGAAGCCCUUCAGGACACUACCCUCAUGAUACUUGCAUUUUGUGCCUUUGUAUCUCUGCUGGUUGGGAUAAUGACAGAAGGUUGGCCAAAGGGUGCCCACGAUGGACUUGGAAUUGUUGCUAGCAUUUUGCUUGUUGUAUUUGUCACUGCAACUAGUGAUUAUAAACAAUCCCUGCAGUUCAAGGAUUUGGAGAAGGAGAAGAAAAAAAUUACAGUUCAGGUUACUAGAGAUGGAUUCAGACAGAAGUUGUCCAUUUACGAUCUACUUCCUGGCGACCUUGUUCAUCUUUCUAUUGGAGAUCUGGUCCCAGCUGAUGGACUUUUUGUUUCGGGGUUUUCUGUGCUGAUAAAUGAAUCCAGUUUAACAGGAGAAAGUGAACCAGUUAAUGUCAACUCUACGAAUCCUUUUCUCCUCUCUGGAACUAAAGUUCAGGAUGGAUCAUGCAAGAUGCUUGUAACUACCGUUGGAAUGAGAACCCAGUGGGGUAAACUGAUGGCUACUCUUAGUGAAGGAGGAGAUGAUGAAACCCCCUUGCAGGUCAAACUAAAUGGUGUGGCAACCAUCAUUGGGAAAAUAGGCCUGUUUUUUGCUGUUGUUACAUUUUCUGUAUUGGUUCAAGGAUUGUUCAGCCGCAAGCUUCAACAAGGAUCACACUUGAUCUGGUCUGGAGACGAAGCAUUGGAAAUCUUGGAAUAUUUUGCUAUAGCUGUUACAAUUGUUGUUGUUGCUGUUCCAGAGGGUUUGCCUUUGGCUGUGACAUUGAGUCUUGCUUUUGCCAUGAAGAAGAUGAUGAAUGAUAAGGCACUAGUCAGGCAUCUGGCUGCUUGUGAGACAAUGGGAUCAGCCACAACUAUCUGCAGUGACAAGACUGGGACACUAACGACGAACCACAUGACUGUUGUGAAAGCUUGCAUUUGUGGUAAAAUCAGAGAUGUGGGAACCUCCGAGGAAGCUACUAACUUGGCUUCUAUAGUUCCUGAAUCUGGUUUGAGGCUUAUACUGCAAUCUAUUUUUAACAACACUGGAGGAGAAGUUGUUAAAAACAAAGAUGGCAAGACUGAGUUACUUGGAACACCCACUGAGACUGCUAUUUUGGAAUUUGGGAUGUUGCUUGGCGGUGAUUGCAAGGCAGAACGGGAAGCAACAAAAGUUGUUAAAGUUGAGCCCUUCAAUUCUCAUAAAAAGCGAAUGGGUGUUGUUCUAGAGCUUCCUGAAGGUGGCUUCCGGGUGCACACUAAAGGUGCUUCUGAGAUAAUAUUAGCUGCAUGCGACAAAUUCAUGGGUCCAGAUGGCGAGGUUGUUCCCCUUGAUAAAGCAUCCAUUGAUCUUUUGAAUGGCAUCAUUGAACGUUUUGCUAGUGAAGCCCUUAGAACUCUCUGCCUUGCAUACAUGGAGGUCGGCAAUGAGUUCUCAGCUGAAAGUCCUAUUCCCACCUCAGGGUACACAUGUAUAGGCAUUGUGGGUAUCAAAGAUCCAGUUCGUCCUGGUGUCAAGGAGUCUGUAGCAAUUUGUAGGUCUGCUGGUAUUACAGUCAGAAUGGUUACUGGAGACAACAUAAACACUGCAAAAGCAAUUGCAAGAGAAUGUGGAAUUUUGACCGAUGGAGGUUUGGCAAUUGAAGGCCCAGUGUUUCGUGAGAAGAGUGAGGAGGACUUACAAAAAAUUAUUCCAAACCUUCAGGUUAUGGCUCGUUCUUCACCAAUGGAUAAGCAUACCCUUGUAAGACACUUACGGACCACUUUUCAAGAAGUUGUUGCUGUGACUGGUGAUGGUACAAACGAUGCUCCUGCACUUCAUGAAGCUGAUAUAGGACUUGCAAUGGGCAUUGCUGGUACUGAGGUGGCAAAAGAAAGUGCUGACGUGAUAAUUCUGGAUGAUAACUUUUCUACAAUUGUGACUGUGGCCAAAUGGGGACGUUCAGUGUACUUGAACAUCCAGAAAUUUGUUCAGUUCCAGUUAACGGUUAAUGUAGUUGCACUUAUUGUCAACUUCUCUUCUGCCUGUUUAACUGGAAAUACUCCCCUUACUGCUGUUCAGCUUCUCUGGGUCAACAUGAUCAUGGACACUCUAGGAGCCCUUGCAUUAGCCACGGAGCCACCUACUGACGAUUUAAUGAAGAGAGCACCGGUUGGCAGGAAAGGAAACUUCAUCACUAAUGUGAUGUGGAGAAAUAUCCUAGGGCAGUCUCUGUAUCAGUUUGUGAUAAUAUGGUUUCUACAGACCAGAGGAAAAGAAGCUUUUCAGCUUGUUGGCCCAGACUCGGAUUUGAUCUUGAACACCCUUAUCUUCAACUCAUUUGUGUUUUGUCAGGUUUUCAAUGAGAUCAGCUCGAGGGAAAUGGAGAAGGUUAACGUCUUCAAAGGCAUAAUGCAGAACUAUGUUUUCGUGACUGUCCUCUCUGCCACUGUUAUCUUUCAGAUCAUAAUCAUCGAGUUCUUGGGUACAUUUGCGAACACACAUCCUCUAAGUUGGAAACAAUGGUUUGCCAGCGUUGCACUUGGGUUCCUUGGCAUGCCGGUUUCAGCAGUUCUGAAAUUCAUCCCUGUGUAACAAGACUGAAAUCAACCGGAACUUGAACAGGUACUUCUCCACUUGCCUACCGAUGGAUGUUUUGUUAUGGCAUCAUUUCAAAGAUCAUUCUUUUGACUCCGUAAACUCUGAAAAGCUCACAAAUUCAAGGCUAAAUGAUAAACUCUCCCGCUUACAAAAUGAUAGUUUUUGUAAACAUGAAUGCGUAGGACGUAUUCUACCUGUUCGAACGUCUAACCAGUUGUACUUUUACAAGGAUUUAGUUUAUGCUAACAGGUUGAAUGUUUUUCUUAAUCGUGCUGUUCAUUCCUUAAUGCUCAUCCUUCUCUUGUAAUUGCUCGUGUUAUUGUCGAUAAUUAAACCACCGAUUGAUGCA